CCGCCGGACGCUCCGGUUCGCCCGCGGCGGUGGCGGCGCUUCCCGGCUCUGCGCGUCCCCGCGGCCGUGGUCUCGGCGGAGGCGGCGGCGGCGGAGGCGGAGGCGGCGGCGGCGGCGGAGGGCGCUCGGAGGCGCGGCGGGCGGACGGCCGGGCCGAGCUGCGGGUGCGCCGCCCCUGCUCCCGCCGCCGGGCCCGCGGCAGCGGCUCCCGCCCCGCGGCCCCCGGCCCCCGGCCCCGGCCCCGGCCCCGCAGGCCCCGCGCUCCCUUUGUCCGCGCCCCGGGCGGCGGCCCGGGCGGCGGCGGCCCCGGCGGCGGCGGCGGCGGCGGGGAGCGGCCCGGGCGGCGCGGCGAUGCCGGACCGGAUCUCGGUGGCGGAGUUCGUGGCGGAGACCCAUGAGGACUACAAGGCGCCCACGGCCUCCAGCUUCACCACGCGCACGGCGCAGUGCCGCCACACCGUGGCCGCCAUCGAGGAGGCGCUGGACGUGGACCGGAUGGUGCUGUACAAGAUGAAGAAGUCCGUGAAGGCCAUCAACAUCUCUGGGCUGGCGCACGUGGAGAACGAGGAGCAGUACACGCAGGCGCUGGAGAAGUUCGGCGGCAACUGCGUGUGCAGAGACGACCCGGACCUGGGCAGCGCCUUCCUCAAGUUCUCGGUGUUCACCAAGGAGCUGACGGCGCUCUUCAAGAACCUGGUGAGUGCGGGCGCGCCCUCGGAGCGGGCGCGGGGCGGGGGGGCGGGCGCGGGGGCGGGCGCGGGGCUCCCCGGCCUGCUGCUGGACCGGACGGUGGGCGAUCGCUCUGCACACACCAGGCCCCGUGGGCACACCUGA